AUGACGACCGACGACGCGUUCUGGUCGCGCGUGCGCGAUCGCGGCGACGGCGGGGAGGAUGGGCACGAUUUAUUCGGCGCCGCGAGCGCGUUUCGCGCGCCCGCGCGGGCGGAAACGACGGUGCGGGCGGGAAAGUCGAGCGAGAGCGCGCCGGCGGCGGCGACGCGCGCGCGCGGGACGUCGACGGCGACGCGAAAGGCGCGCGACGUGGACACGUCGAGCGAGGGCGCGAGUGAUGAUGGUGGGAGCGAUGCCGAGCGCGGGAGCGAAUCGGAGGACGAGGGAGCGUCCGCGGCGACGCGCGGCGAUACGCGCGCGAAGCGGGCGCCGAGCGAGAGGGACGACUCGAGCGACGAUGAACGAGAGGCGAAGAAACCGGCGGGAACUGGAUAUCGCGAUCGCGCCGCAGAGAUUUCGGCGGAGGAGUUGGCGCGCACGGUGUUCGUCGGAAAUGUGCCGGCGACGACGACGACGAAGGCGCUGCGACGGUUCUUCGGCGCGGCGGGAAAGGUGAAGAGCGCUCGAUUGCGAAACGUCCCCGUGGAGGCGGAUGGACACGAGCCGAGAAAGGUGAAGGUGCUCAAGGGGAAACUGAACGCCGAGCGUGGGAACGCGACGGCGUUCGUGGUGUUCGAAAAAGCCGAGUCAGCGCAGAAGGCGGCCGAAACGCUCAACAUGAAGGCGUUCGAGGGACGGCACGUUCGCGUCGAUUUGGCCGCCAAGCCGUCCAUCGUGAGCAGCGAGGUGGUGUACGAUCACACGCGAAGCGUCUUCUUGGGCCACCUCCCGUUCAACGUCGACGACGAAGACGUGAUUCGUCUAUUCAACAAGAACGAAGAGUAUCCCGAGCUUCGAAAGAGUGUCGAGGCGGUGCGCGUGGUGCGGGACAGAAAGACCACCAUGGGGAAGGGUAUCGGGUUCGUGCUGUUCAAGACCAAAGAGCAGGCUCGAACAGCGCUAUUAUUAGACGGGAGCAAGCUCGGUGAUCGCGAGAUUCGCGUGACGAAGACGUCUCGAUCCAAGGCGCCACGUCCCGGGUCGGCGUCCAAGGCGCGGGCGGAGCCUUCGCCCGCGUCGGGUGCGGAACGCAGAAACCCAAAGUUACGCGAAGAGAAGGGCGAAAAAGCGUCAACAGGGCGAGUAACGAAUUCGUGGGAGGGGUCACGAUCUCGACCCGGCGGAAAAUCGUCGAAGACGGCGUACAGAGGCGGCGAGGCGCGUCCGCCGCCCGGCGGUAUCGGCAGACCAGCCUUCAAGAAGCCCGGCGACGCCAAGGCAAAACGAUCGGGCAAGCGCCCCGCGGUGGCGGCGCGCAAGGCAAAUGCAAAGGCCAAAGCCGCCGCCGGUCGCGAAAAGUAA